AAAAAACUUAAUUAUAAUUAUAUCUGUGAUAUUUGAUAUUUGUUAGUAGAGGUGGUGGGGUAGGAAGUACAGGAGAGAGGAUGACGUCACUAGCUCUUAAAAUUUUUUUAUAUAAAUAGAGUUCAGUCGGGGGGGGAAACGGCAGAGACCUCAUAACUUACGAAAGAAGAUGAAUGAAACCGGUAGCUCUGCGAUAGGUGAAUUGAUUAUCAGACUUCAUAUUUAUUAUCUACCAUUAAUAAUUGUUUUUGGUCUGUUGGGUAAUCUUCUAUCGGCGAUUGUAUUCCUUUUUUCAAAUCUCAAUCAAUUUUCAUCAAGCGUCUAUUUAUCUGCUUUAUCAUUAGCUGAUAUAUGUUUUCUGUUGUGUUUAUUUUUGAAUUGGCUACUAUGGAUAGGUACAGAUUUAAUUAACUAUGAAGUAUGUUGUCAACUAUUUGCGUAUAUAUCACAUGUUAGCUCUUCACUAUCAUUCCUGUUUAUUCUUGCCUUUACUGUUGAACGUUACGUAGUAGUACUUCUUCCCUUACAUAAGUUUGUAUGGUGUACAAUUGGAAGAGCUCGAAAAAUUAUCUACAUUCUAGUUGCUCUGUGCCUUGUUCUACAAAUGAUACAUAUAUUCUCGAGCGAAGUUAAAGUUAAAAAUGAAUAUAACGAAACAAAGCGAAUAUGUGAGCCUAAAAAGAGUUUUCGCUAUCACUUAAAUUUUUUUGUCCUCUUUGACUCAAUUAUAACUUUUUUUCUUCCAUUUUUUGUAAUAUUAGUAGCCAAUUUUCGUAUUUGCGUUCGAAUAUGGAUGACGAUGAGAAGACGCGACGAAAUGACAACAAUACCAGCUUCUCAAAGACAAGAACUGCGAAUAACUGUACUAUUAGUUUUUGUUUCUGUAACAUUUUUUGUAUUAAAUGCCCCUGCUCACGCAUUUAAAUUAGCCGCUGUUGUCCAUACUGUACGGGAUACUCAUAGCGCCUAUGGUCCAUUAACUAUAAACCUUCAGAGUUUAUCAAAUCUUCUCUACUACACUAGUCACGCUGUCAACUUCCUUCUAUACUCUAUUGGAGGGAAUACAUUUAGACAAGCCCUCCUCAACUACGGAAGAAGACUUUUUCAACUGCAAAGGCAUUCAAGCUAUGCUGAAAGCAAUCGCCAAACGUUAUUAACACCCAAUCACGGUUCACGCUCCAGUAAUAGAAAGAACAGACAAAAUAUGGGAUCGGCAAUCUAAAAAUUCAUGAAGAGAUUGUUAAAAAAUUAUUAUUCAAUGUAUAACUGUCACUGUACCUGACAGUUAUUUCAUUUUACCUAAACAUUCAUUGCUUGUCAUAUUUAUAGUCCAAUCAUCAAUUUGUCGUUAAAACGAAACAAUUUUUUUUUUACGAUUUAAAUCUCAUUUAUAAAUGUUUCUGCAAAAAUUUAUAUUCAAUGUUCUAUAAAUAAAUACGUAAUUAUAUAUUUUGUGUAGAUGUGCUUAGAAUCUUUUACUAUCGAAUAAAAUUAACGUUUG